AUGGUUCGAUGCGAUGACGAUAAUUCGUGUGCGUUAUGGCCGUUAUUCUUUGUGCAUAUCAACUCAAAAGAAAAUCGCCAGUUGCUGGACAGAUAUUUCAGUUCAAUGACUGCUAUUGUGCCUCUACUCGCCUCAGAAUCGGUUCAGUGCAGUUUUACACCAAAUAGCGAACUUGGCACACUUUGCAUUGCGUAUUGUGAGAAGUACAAUGCAAAGCUUCGGGCUCUCAUAACUACAAUAGGAAUGAUCCGAGUCGAAGUUUUUUACGUUGAUUAUGGCAUUUUUGAAUGGGUCGAUCGCACUCAUUUAUAUUCAAUCAUUGACCAGGAACUUGGCACACUGUGCAUUGCUUAUUGUGAGAAGUACAGUGCAAAGCUUCGGGCUCUCAUAACUACAAUAGGAAUGAUCCGAGUCGAAGUUUUUUACGUUGAUUAUGGCAUUUUUGAAUGGGUCGAUCGCACUCAUUUAUAUUCAAUCAUUGACCAGGUCCCAGUAAAGGGUACCAGCUGUGGAGCCGCCGUCUUCGCCAGAUUAGCACUUAUCCUGUUCUUACCAUCAUUCAUAUCAUUUAGCCUUUCCAAUCUAAUUAGGCUCUUUUAG